CUCGCAUCGCCUAGUAAGCCAAAGUCUGCGCUGUCAGCUGCUGGGGCAGGGACAGGAGGCCGUGUACGUGCGGUGGCAGCGGUAGUUGCGGCGGUCGCUCUGAAAUCGUCCGUCGUUGCAUCUUCUCGUCGUCGUCGUCGGACGUGGAGGAGGAGAGCGUCACGACUCGCACAGGAGGUGGAGGAGGUGGCGGCGGUCGAGGCGGUGUCCUCCAUGGCCCCGCGCAUCCGAUGCUCGGCCCUCCCGUCGCGCCGUCGCCUGCUGCUGCCCGCGUGCGUCCUGGGCCUCAGCCUGGCCGUGGCGCUGCAGCUGUGGCAGGCGCUGGCGCCGCGCGUCGCCGUGGAGAUUCCCCGGCUCGGCCUGAAGCCGCUGAGCGGACAUCUCGAGCGGCUCUUCUGGUCGGGCCACGACGACGAAGGCCUGCGGCAGAGCGACGCGGCCAAUGGCAACUCGUCGUCAGCGUCGUCAUCGCCCGCGUCGCUGAUAGAGCUGGCGAGGGAGCUCGGCGGGCGUGUGCUCACGAUGAGAGACGACCACGAGGAAUACUUCGUCAGGACGCCCGCCGGAGCGCUCUGCUUCCGCGAGGGCUCCCUCCACCCGGAGGCGCCCUCCUCCCUCCCGGCUCCCGUCGGCGCCGUCGGCGGCGUCGGCCUCGAGCCGAACGCGAGCUCCGGCCCGAGCGCGCCGCCCGCGGCGGGGUGCGCGUGCCGCGCGGGCUGGCACGGCCGCCACUGCUCGGUGCCCUCCGUGGUCCACUACUCGAACCUGGGCGCGCGGCACCGCGCAGCGCUCGCCCCGCGCGCCGCGCCGCGCCGCGUCGUCAACGCCGUGAACGUGAACCACGAGAUGGAGCUGCUGGAGGCGCGGCUGCACGAGCUCAACGACACCGUGGACGUCUUCCUCGUGUGCGAGUCCAACUUCACGGCCUUCGGCGAGGUGCGCCGCCUCCACUUCCUGAGCGCCCUCCUGUCGGGCGCCUUCGACUUCGUCCGCCACAAGAUCCACUACGUCUUCCUCGACCACUUCCCGAGCGGCGGGCGCGCCGACGGCUGGAUCGCCGACGAGUACCUGCGCACGUUCGCGACGCGCGACGGCCUCGCGCGCCUCUCGGGCCUCCGCGACGACGACGUGUUCGUCAUCAACGACGCCGACGAGCUGCCCUCCCGCGAGGCGCUGCUCUUCGCGCGCCUCCACGACGGCUGGCCCGAGCCCUUCGCCCUGCACCUGCGGCGCUCGCUCUACGGCUUCUUCUGGAAGCAGCCCGGCUCGCUCGACGUGCUCGCGGGCAGCACGGUGGGCGCCCUCCGCGAGGUGUACGGCGGCGACGGGAUCAUGCUGCGGCGGCGCCACUACUACGACAUGCCGCGCUUCCGCGACUACGAGCGCCGCAGCGGCACGCGCAUGGAGCAAUGGUCGGUGGGCACCGCGUCGCGGCACGCCGGCUGGCACUGCUCGUGGUGCUUCCCGCCCGAGGGCGUGCGGACCAAGCUGGUGUCGGCGCAGAACGGCGACUUCCCGCGCUGGGGAGACUACCCGGAGAAGCUCGACUUGGACUUCAUCAAGAACCUGAUCCGCACGGGCGGUUGGUUCGACGGAACCGGGGCCGGGAUGCUGCCGAUCGCGAACCCCGCGGAGAAGAUGUACGCGCCGUGGUACGUGCUGGAGAACCCCAAGAGGUUUGGCCACCUGCUGCGGAACCCAUACCUCUAGCGCACGCUAGGCCGACAGCGCGGUUCCUGUGGAAAACGCGGCGACUGCCGCUGGGGGUUGUUGUCCCACCUCCGGCAACCUCUCGGCGACAUCGUGAGAAGAGAAACUUGCUUGGCUUGUUCGUGAGCCAGUUCCGUCUCUCCGUCAUUCGCGGCACGCGCAGGGGGGAUGGGGGGGCGGGUCGUCUCACGAAGUGUCCUCGCUCCUUUGCUUGGAUUUGAAGUUUCUCAUCUCUCCAAGUUGCUCUGCAAUGUUUAAAGUCAAGAGCUGGGAGUAGUUUUAUUUUCUGUAAAUACCAACCUGACUCUCCUACCCCUUGUCUGUUGUUUGUGUUACGCUCGCGCGUGCGGGUGUGUCUAUAUCGGCCACGUUCAUCUGAAGAGGCACCGAGCUGCUGGUGCGAUACAUUUAAACUUGAGGUUGCGCAAGUUUAGAUAACGAAGACUGACCCCGCCCCUUUUAACGUAUUGGCGUGAGAACCUCUCCCAUGGAGUGUCCUGAGUUUACACGUCACUCUUGUGCGAAUGUUAAAUUGACACGAAAAAAAUAUUUUGUACCAACGGUUCUGUGCCAUCAUCAUCAUCAUCACGAGUAAUGGAACAAGCGUCCAGGGUGAUGUGAUGGUUGUGAUGGUUGUGAUGGAUGUGAUGGAUG